GACGAUUACGCCGAGUCGGGCAGCCUCUUGGAGGACACUUCGGUCGAGGCCGAGUUAAGCUCAUCCCACGAUGAGGACCCCGAAUUGGAGGCCAUCAAAGCGCGCGUCCGGCAAAUGGAAGAAGAGGCCGAAAAGCUCAAACAGAUGCAAUCCGAAGUGGACCAACAGAUGGUGGGUGGGGGUGGCGGGGGCGGCCUAACCUCGGGGGCGGGCGGGGGCUCGCAAAGCAAUCUGUCGUACGAAGAGAAGAUGGAGGUGGACGGGCGCUCGGUCUAUGUGGGCAAUGUAGACUACGGCGCCACGGCCGAGGAGUUGGAACAGCAUUUCCACGGCUGCGGCGCCAUCAACCGUGUCACCAUUUUGUGCAACAAGUUCGAUGGCCAUCCCAAAGGCUUUGCUUAUGUCGAGUUCACGGACAAGGACUCGGUGGGCACGGCCAUGGUCUUGGACGACUCGCUCUUCCGCGGACGACAGAUCAAGGUGAUGCCCAAACGCACGAACAAACCGGGCAUAACCAACUCACAUCGACCGCCUAGAGGGGGACGGGGCGGAUUCCGAGGCGGUUCCAGAGGCGGAUAUCGAGGGCGCGGUGGGUUCGGAGCCAUGCGCAGGCCGAGGUACCGAGGGCGCGGCGCCUUCUUUUCGCCUUAUUAGUGAUGCUGCUGGAAUCACGUUUUGGAUUCAUUCAUUCCGCAUCAUUGUUAUCACCAAUUAUCAUCGCGUAUUCGACCAAUCCAGGGGUCUCAAACUUUAAAACAGCCGAGAAAGGAAAAGGACAAAAGUAGACAAAAAGAGGAUAGGAUAACCAAAAAAACAGCGAAAAGAUGGGCCGGACACAAAAGAACAUUCAACCACCAAAACAAAAAGAUCCAUGUUAAUACUAUUGUAAUUUUUGCAAACAACGAAAAUGCCCACAUGAUAGUCGAGAAAUUGAGACAAAAAGAGAGCAAAGGGUUUUGAUUCAGGAACUUUUGCCUUAGUUUGAGUCCCCUUGAAGUAUGGCGGAAAUGUCCGCCUUCUCUUCUUCGUCCAGAUAAGCGAGGUGGACACUUGAGAUGGAUCCUGGAUAAAUCUCAUCAAACAUCUUUGAGCUCAAUCUGGGUAAGUUGUUGCAAUCCUCCUCUUCCUCCUCUCCGGCUUUUUGGUCAUUUCAGAGCCUACUUUGCUGUCAAGUAUUGUCUUGAAUCCACACCGUGUUCCUUGUUUUGUCUAUGAUUAUCUCUUUUUUUUACACGUUUGGCUUGAUUUUGGGAAGCAAAAUCAUUUCUGUUUAUCCAAGAAAUGACUUUGUCCUGUUAUUCUUCAUGUCUCCAUAAUAAAAAAGAAACUCUA